CCACAGAGACACACCAAGAGAGGUUACUAGAAGACCUGGGGUUGGAGCAACACUACACAGAGAAGUUAUCACUGAGCAGAAUACUUCAGAUUGAUGAGAAGACCAUUACUGAUGUAACUGCCAAGUGUCAAUCAGAUCUUCCAUGGUAUUUUCUGAAGAAACUAAUGAUGGUUAAUGUGACAGCCAGGAAUGCAAAAUGUACAUCAGAAUGUGAAUCUGACUGUGAUGCUGUAUCAGGGAAUACGAAGUUAGAUCUGAGGAAUCUGGUUGAUAGUCCAAACUCAGGUGACAUGCUGAACCCCCUUGACAUCAUCACUGCUCUCUUUCUGUGUUCUGAUGCUUUUGUACAGCAGGAGAUGGCACUCAAAAUGUCUAUGUGUCAGUUUUCUGUGCCGCUGCUGCUCCCUAAUUGUGACACACAACAGUGCACACUCAUGCUUUGGGCCUUGAGGGAUAUUGUUAAAAAGUACAGACCUCAGUCACUUUCACAAUCCAAGGGUUUUAUUGAAGACAGAAUUGUUCUCUCUGAACUUCCAAUGAUAUCCUUUGUGAGACUGGGAGAAUGCUCCUUGUCCAAGUCAGAGAUUCUCAAUAAGCUUCUGAGCAAUUCUCAGCAGUACCAUGACACCUUUGUUCACCACGAUAUGGAGUGUGGCGACAGUCCAAGAAGAAUAUCUGAUGGACUGACUGAAAUUACUUGGUACCUUCCUUGUGGAAACAAAAACAUUGAUAUUUUCAGUGAGCCAAUAGCUGUAGCUAACCUUCGUGGGGACAUUACUUCAUUUGAAACACAGUUUUCUUUUUUGUGUCAGACAUCUGCUGCAGUUUUUGUCUUCUUUGACAGUCUAAAAUCUGGUUGCAGACUUCUGACCAACCAGAACUACAAGGCACAGAUCUUCUUGGCGGAUGAAUGACGCAGACUUCGUCAAAAAUUUGAGGAAAACUGUCAGCGAUGUAGUUGAGAACUCAAAGAUGAAGAUGUGCAUAGAGCAGAUGGCUGACAUUGCCCAUGAACUGGGAAUCUUGGUUGAUGAAGACUGUCCAGAGUGCCAGAUUGCCAAGGUAAAUGCAGAUGCCAUCACUGCAGAUAUUCAAGACACCCUUAAAUACAAAGAAGAGCAGCUUCCCCUGCAAGGCCAAAUAUGGAAAGACCUCACGAGCUUAGAGAAGGAAGAAUUUCGGCUUCGAAAAGUUGGGUCUGAAGACAUAGAAAAAUACAAAAGUGAUCUUCAGGUACAGAAAGAAAAACUUCGGGAAAAACAGAACUCUUAUGACAUUUCAAAUGCAAUGACAUGUUUCAUCCAUGCAAUAUCAAGCCCAGGGACAGAGAGAUGUUAUUUCCUGAAGUGGAUUCGAAUUAAUCUUGACAACCUGUCUCGAGACAAAAUGUCUUUCCUCAGGGAACAGUACAAAGAAAAAUCCAAGAAUUCUGAGAACAAAAAUGUGCUUAAAGACAUUGACAGAGAACUUUCCAACAGCUCACUGGGGACUGAACACUUCUUCCGUGAAAUGGGUCAGAUCUACGAAGCUUCAGUUUCCCUUCCAGAAACAGACCCAUCACGUCAACAGUUGCAACAUCUGCCCAAACUUUGUGCAGGAUUGCUGCUGGAUGGAUUUCCCCUUGAGCUUGUAGAUGGAGAUGCCUCCAACAUACCUCUCAGAUGGGUGAGUGAUGUUCUCUCUCAGCUCCAUGACUUGGUGUCUCCCAAGAACAAGAUACUGGUAGUCACAGUUCUUGGAGUUCAGAGCACAGGAAAGUCCACUCUUCUUAACACCAUGUUUGGAGUGCAAUUUGCAGUCAGCAGUGGUCGAUGCACUCGAGGUGCUUUUAUGUUGCUCAUCCGAAUCAAUGACGAUGUCAGAAAAGUGCUCAACUGUGACUUCAUGGUGAUCAUUGACACUGAGGGCUUAAAGUCACCAGAGCUUGCACAACUAGACACCGAUGAGCACUGA